AUGGGCGAGAACGCAACAAUGAAGUACACAGCAAAGUCAUGCCUCCUCGAACUUCCAUCAGAAGCGAAAUCCCUUUUCCGUCCUCCGGAAGAUUGUUCAGUGUGUAUCGGAAUAGAAGAUGUGGUGCGUGUUUCGAACAUAUCAUCACAGACCUUCGAAGAAGAGUACGCGUAUAAAGCAAAGCCUAUCAUAGUUACUGACGCUACAGCAGGAUGGAAGGCUGUUAAUGAAUUCGAUUUCAAAUUCUUUGCCGAAUUCUAUCGCAAUGAAAAGAUGGGUAAACAAAUCAACGAUUGCUUUUAUUUCGCGUAUAAAUCCGGACUAAACUCGUUACGUGAAGUAUUUUCAAUGGACGACAAAAGGGCCAACCUGUCUGGACACCCUUGGUAUGUUGGAUGGAGUACCUGCUAUGACGAUGAGACAAGGAAGCUAAGGGCUUAUUAUAAUAGGCCCUAUUUUCUGCCUAAGACUGCGGAAAGCGAUAUGGUGGAUUGGAUCUUUAUGGGAGGACCUGGACAAGGCGCGCAUAUGCACGUGGACUCGGUACGUCACAUGUCUUGGCAAGCGCAGAUUCGUGGACACAAACAGUGGCAGCUGGCUCCACCCCCAGAAUGCCUCUACCAAUGCAACUGGAUUAGCUUCACCGUCGCUCCGGGAGAAAUUCUGGUGGUGGACACAAAUCGAUGGUACCACAAGACGAAUGUGCUGCCUGGAGACAUAAGCAUUACUAUUGGCGCAGAAUACGAUUAAAAGUAUUUUACAUUUUCUACAUUAUAAGCUGGUGUUUAUAAGCUUGGUUAAGAAACUUUGAGAUUCUUAACCAAGAUUAUUUCACUCACAUUGUAUUACAUAAAAUCAAAUUUUGUGUAAGGGAGGUCGUAAAAUAAAUCUGUGAAAUAU